AUGUGUGUCGCCAAAAGGAGAUGCUGCCCACAGCAGAUCGUGCUGACGUUCAUAAAGGGGGCCGUGGUGCCGCUUGGUUAUCUCGGCUCCUUACGCUGUGCUGCCCUUCGGUGGGCUUUCACUUUCUUUGACCCGAAUGACCCGGCUUGCCAAGAAAUCCUCUACGACCCCAAGACCACGGUCCCGGAGCUGUUUGCCAUCAUCCGCCAGUGGGUGCCCCAGGUGCAACAUAAGAUUGAUGUCAUAGGCAGCGAGAUCCUGAAGCGCGGUUGCCACGUGAACGACCGGGAUGGCUUGACCGACAUGACGCUGCUUCAUUACGCCUGCAAAGCCGGGGCGCACGGUGUUGUGCUCAACUCGACCUGCAGCGACUUCAACCACGGCACGGCGCUGCACAUCGCCGCCUCCAACCUGUGCCUGGGGGCUGUGAAGUGUCUGCUGGAGCACGGGGCCAACCCCGCUGUCAGGAACAGCAAAGGGCAGGUGCCGGCCGACGUGGUGCCCGACCCCAUGGACAUGACGCUGGACAAGGCCGAGGCCGCCAUGGUCGCCAAGGAGCUCAAGCAACUGCUGCUGGACGCCGUCCCCCUGAGCUGCAACCUGCCCAAGGUCACGCUGCCCAACUACGACAACAUCCCCGGCAACCUGAUGCUCACCUCCCUGGGCCUCAAGCUGGGGGAGCGCGUGGUGGUGGACGGACAGAAGGGUUACUGGUUCGGCAUCGAACUCGACAAGCCCACGGGGAAACACGAUGGCUCGGUCUUCGGGGUCCGGUAUUUCAGCUGCUCCCCUAAACACGGAGUCUUUGCCCCACCUUCCAGGGUCCAGAGGAUCGGCGGCCCCAAAGACUCCCAGGGAGAUAGCAGUUCGGUGAAGAAGGUGCACCAAGUCACUAUGUCACAGCCAAAGCGCAACUUCACAGCAGUCAGGACCCCAAAAGACAUCACGUCAGAAAACUCCAUCUCUAGAUUACUCUUCUGCUGCUGGUUCCCCUGGAUGCUGCGUGCAGAGAUGCAGUCCUAAGACCUCGGCGCGCGCCUCUCCCGUCCUCCGCUCUGUCCUCCGUUCUCCAACUAACCGAAAGACUGCUCUCCUCGUUGGGCUCUCAUCUCCCCCCCGCCCCCGCCCGAGUCGCAGUUCUAGUGAACCCCAGUGCCUUGGUACCAUUGAACGUCGCCCCCUGUAGUCCGCGAGAAAGGCUGCACUAACCCCCCCCCACCCCACCGCGCGUGUGCACCCCACACCCCGGGUAGACGUGACAUGGGCUCGGAAGCUCCCCUCGUUGAUUUCUCCCCGACCCCCCUCCGGGGCGCAGUGGCAUGAACACAAAACCUCUUUGGUACAGAUUUCCCUCUGCGGUUUGAUUGCUCUGAGCCUGACGCUCGGGGUAAGGCCGAUCCGGGAUCCCCAGAACCUGGCCCUUUGAGUUGCUCCCCAACUAAACUUAAUCUAACCUGGCCUCUCUCUUCAUCUCUGUAGCAGCGUGGACAGGGUCAGGUUAUAACACUCCGGGUGUGGAAGUAAUGAUCCUCCCCAGCUUAAGCCGCCUUUUUCUCUGGGAAUCA